AUGGAUGCAAGCACUUCGCAAAAGAAUUGGGAGCUCGAAAACAACAUUGUAACGGUUGAUCCUGCUCAGGAUCAAGUGUAUUUCUACGAUGCUGUGCAAGACAAAGAAAACGUAGCUCAGAAACCUUGGAAGAAUGAUCCUCAUUAUUUUAAGCACGUCAAAAUAUCAGCUAUUGCACUCAUUAAAAUGGUGAUGCAUGCUCGCUCUGGUGGCAACAUUGAGAUUAUGGGAUUAAUGCAAGGCAAAAUUCAAGGCGAUACUAUGUAUGUCAUGGAUAGCUUUGCGCUUCCUGUAGAGGGCACAGAAACAAGAGUCAAUGCACAGAAUGAAGCUUACGAGUACAUGGUGUCAUACAUUGAGAAAUCCAAGGAGGUUGGCAGGUUGGAGAAUGUGCUUGGAUGGUAUCACUCACAUCCAGGUUACGGCUGUUGGCUGUCUGGCAUUGACGUGAACACACAAAUGUUGAAUCAGCAGUAUCAGGAGCCAUUUGUAGCAGUUGUGAUCGAUCCCAAUCGUACCAUGUCUGCUGGUAAGGUGGAAAUUGGCGCUUUCAGAACUUUUCCCGCCGGAUAUAAAGCGCCCGAUGAAGGACCUUCAGAAUAUCAGACUAUACCCCUGAACAAGAUUGAAGACUUUGGUGUUCACGCUAAAUCAUACUACUCUCUUGAAGUUUCUCAUUUCAAAUCAACAUUGGAUAAUCAAUUAUUGGAAGUUCUCUGGCACAAGUAUUGGGUCAACACAUUGUCACAAUCACCCCUUUUAACUAAUCGUGAUUAUGCAACUCGACAAAUGUCAGAUCUUGCACAAAAACUGAACAAAACAAAUGAAAGUAUGACGAGCCGCAUGGGGGGAUAUUAUGGAGAUAGAAAGAAGAAUGAUGAAAGUCAGUUGAACAAAGUUACAAAGGAUAGUUCAAAAAUUACUGUAGAGGCUGUACAUGGCUUACUCUCUCAAGUGUUGAAAAAUCAAGUAUUUAAUAGUCCAAGAGAUGGAAAGACAGAAUAA